CAUUAAACGCCGCCGCAGCUCGCCCCCCAGCUCAAGCGCGUAGUAAGUAGGGCAGGUACAUAGCUCGACGAUAGAUAAACCACUACACGACACUAGUAGCUGGAAGUGGAGCUUCGAUCGAUGCGCAACCCACACGCUCACACACAUACACACACACACGCACACGCACAACCUCCGUCUCCACGUCCACCUGUAGUUGCCAUCUCCACCACUGUCCGCAGCCUAGAUGCCUCCCGAUAUACCAUACAGUGCCAACCGAACCCUACCCAUGAGCUUGACGCACUGCCAGAUCUGCGACACCCGCGCGGCGCGGCUCACGUGCGCGCCGUGCACGCAGGCUUCGCUGUGGCCACGGCGCACCGAGUUCCUAUUUCUCGCGGCGGAGCGCGAUGGCGCCGCGGAGCGUGUACACGAGUAUCUCGAAGCCUCUGGGAGCGCGAGGGGAGCACUGGACGACUGCCGGGUCAAGAGCGAUGAGAAGCGUGAAGAGUACAGAAGGAUUAAUGAUGUAUUGAUGGGAGAGAGGAAGAGGAUGGAGAUGCUGCGAGCGGAGAAUCGUUCGAGACGGCGGAAACUUGAGGCGGCGAGGGAGGCGGCGCUCGGUGAACAGGCCAGGGUCGAUACGCUCAAGGCGGAGAUUAAGCGGCUCAACCAGAAGACGAAGAUUCUGUGCUCGAGGAUGGCGGAGGCGCGGAGUUUUCUGUGUCGCGAUGCGGCGGGGCUGGUGGGGCUGCGGUUGAAGAGACGGAAGAGUGGCAAGGUCGAGUAUCUCAUCGGCGGAGUGCUGAUUCCGAACCUGUUGACGGACCUGAGUGUACAUCCGCACACGAGCAUCAACGUCUCACUCGACCACCUCGCCCGCCUCGUCGUCCUGGUUUCCCACUACCUCGGUCUCAAGCUCCCGAACGAAAUCACCCUUCCGCACCGCGGGAACCCCUACACCACCGUCCGCGGGCAACUCAACAACCGGCACAUGGCGGUGCGGCCACUAGUGGCCGACUCCCCACUACCAGUGAUGGCGCGCGAGAACACCACGGCGCACUCCAAACUCGUCGAGGGGAUCUCUAUGCUCGCGCUCGACAUCGCGUGGCUGUGCUACUCGCAGGGGCUCUUCGCCAACGAAGUCGAGGACGCCAGCAACAUUGGCUACUGUAUGUGGAAGCUGCUGGUUGCAAAAGACAGCACUGCCGUCACGAGCCCGGCCUUCGGCCGUAUGUCGCACGCAACCAUCAACGGGAACCUGACGCUCGCCCGCCACGAGCCCGUCAUGGCCGGCUUCAGACUGAGAUACAACCUCAUUGCGGACCGCAUACGCACCACGCUGCAGGGCGAGACCAUGGUCGCCGACUGGGACAUGGUGGCCGACGCUGAGGAACACGAUAGUGCCACGUCGCGCAGGAGGUCGGUCCCCGAUGCGGAAAUAGACUCGUUUGAGGACGCAGCACUCAGCUUUCCGGCGGGGCCGGCGAGUAGCGGCGGGGGCGUGGGGAAGUGGACGCGGAUUCGGUCGAGGAACGAUGGCAGCGUUGGGUAGCGAGCUGUGACUGACUGACUGUUUGUAUUUUUCUUUCUCGUCUUACAGCUGGUUUCUUUUCACUACUUGACGGGUUCGCGGAGUUUGGAGUGGCGCACUUCUGCUUGGGCGGGAAUGAAUAUAUGUAUAUACUGAUAUUGUUCGUUAUACACGGAAGCGGGAGGGGG